AUGCAUGAGGAUGGGGAAGUUGGUGCUGGCUCGAUGGAGGAAGGAAUGAGUUCGUGGAUCCUUUUCCUACAUAAAUAUUCAUUGCUCUUUAUUGGAUAUAAUUGUAAUCCGGUAGUGAUAUAUAGGGCUGAUGAAUGGAAUGUCAAUAAAUGGCACUGGGAAGGUGCAUUGAAAGUUGUAAGCAAGGGAGAGGAUUGCAUUAUUAGACUGGAAGAUAGAGAAACAGGGGAACUUUUUGCCAGAGCAUUUGUCAGAACAGGAGAGCCAAACCCAGUGGAGCCUGUUAUUGACAGCAGCAGGUAUUUUGUGCUUCGAGUUGAAGAGAAUAUCGGUCUGUUUCUCAUUCUUUUAUUGUAUUGCAAAUUGUUAUUUCGAAAGUUAGGUUUGGCCUCACUUUCUUUUUAAAUACAGU